CAGCUGGAUUUCUCACUCUAUCACGUGUCACCACCGACAAACCCUAAUCUUUCUCCUGCACCGGUCACCUCCUCCACCUUGUCCUCCCUCCCCUCCCAUUGCGACCGCCCCACCACAUAAUCACCCUCUCUCUCUCUCUCUCUCUCUCUCUCUGUGUUUGUUUUUAAGACAAAAUCCGAUAUUUCUAACAUCAAACCUUAAUAAGAGAGACAAAAGAGACAGGGAAACUGAUAACAUAAGGGGAUUGCUGUUCUAUAUCUGUCUGUCUUGUCUGUUUCUCUUCGUGUUUUUCCACCUUCAAUUCUCAGCCGUUGAUCUUUGAGAAAAAGUGAAAGUAUCUAGAACAAAAGAAGGCCUCCCUUCUUUCCUUGGCUGGUCUUUAUAAACUAUCCCACUUGGACUUCCACCUCACUCUUUCUUCCACGCCUUCAAUCCAGGCGCUUCAUAGAUAUCUCCUCUCCUGUGGUAGACAAUAAGCCAUUUAUAAGCCAAUUGUAAGUGUUGAAACUAUUGGUACUUACUGAGUUGAUUGAAUGGGGACUGGGGAAGAGAGCACACCGGCUCGGCCUUCCAAACCAGCACCAUCGACUCAGGAAAUACCAACAACACCCUCAUAUCCUGAUUGGUCAAAUUCUAUGCAGGCUUAUUAUGGUGCUGGAGCUACUCCUCCCUUUUUCGCAUCAACUGUUCCAUCUCCAACUCCUCAUCCUUAUCUCUGGGGAAGCCAGCAUCCUCUAAUUCCACCCUAUGGCACUGCAGUUCCAUACCCAGCUUUAUAUCCUGCUGGGGGAGUGUAUGCCCAUCCUAAUAUGACCAUGACACCAAAUUCAGCACAAACAAAUACAGAGUUAGAAGGCAAGACCGCUGAUGGAAAGGAUCGGGCUUCAGCCAAAAAAUCCAAGGGAACAUCAGCAGGCAAGGCAGGAGAGUGUGUAAAGGCAGCUUCAGGUUCUGGAAAUGAUGGUUCCUCUCAAAGUGCUGAAAGUGGUAGCAAUGCCUCCUCAGAUGCAAGUGAUGAGAACCAACAGGAAUAUGCUGCAAAAAAGAAAGGAAGUUUUGAUCAGAUGCUUGCAGAUGCCACUGCACAAAAUAACAGUGCAGGCGCAUCAGUUCCUGGAAAACCUGUCAUGUCUAUGCCUGCAACUAAUCUAAAUAUUGGAAUGGACUUAUGGAAUGCAUCUUCUGCUGCUGCUGCACCUGGAGCUGCAAAAAUGAGAACCAAUGCAUCUGGUGCCACAUCAGCAAUAGUUCCUGCAGUAAUGCCUGAACAAUGGAUUCAAGAUGAACGUGAACUGAAAAGACAGAAGAGGAAGCAAUCUAACAGGGAGUCUGCUAGAAGAUCAAGAUUACGGAAGCAGGCAGAGUGUGAAGAGCUACAAGCCAGGGUAGAGAAUUUGACCAAUGACAAUCACAAUCUUAAAGAGGAACUGCAGAGGAUCUCUGGUGAAUGCGAGAAACUCAAAUCUGAAAACGAUUCUAUUAAGGAAGAAUUGACAAGGUUAUAUGGACCAGAUGCUGUAGCUAAACUUGAGCAAAGCAACCACUCUUCAGUAGUUCAGUCUCUUGGCGACGAGGGAAACAGUUAGUAGUCUAGAUAUAUAAGAAAUGAGGAAGUAUAUUUCUUGACCUUAAGUAGAUUAUGACCAUAAAUGGAGCAUAGAACAUUGGUUUGCAACCACUCUUCAGUAGUUCAGUCUCUUGGCGACGAGGGAAACAGUUAGUAGUCUAGAUAUAUAAAGAAAUGAGGAAUUAUAUUUCUUGACCUUAAGUAGAUUAUGACUGUAAAUGGAGCAUAGAACAUUGGUUUUCCUUACUGACUACACCCUUAAGUCUUAACCCUUUAAGUUAUAAUUGUAUCAUUUAUUUACAAAAUUUUACCGAGUCAACGCCUCGAUUAAUCUAUGCAUAUUGUUGUAUUAUUGAUGAAUUUGUUGGGAGGAUAAAGAAGGUAUAUAGUCUUGUUUCUUGAUAAAA